GCUACCCACCGAAACAGAGAACGAAAUCGGAAGACGAAGAGAGAGAGAGAGAGAAUCGGAGAAGACGAUGGAACCGAAGAAAGUGGCGAUUAUCGGAGCCGGAGUAAGCGGACUAGUGGCCUGCAAAUUCACUCUAUCCAAAGGAUUCAUUCCGAUUGUCUUCGAGGCGAGAGGCGAUAUUGGCGGCGUUUGGACGGAGACGCUGCAGACGACGGCGCUGCAGACACCGAAAAAGUUGUACGAGUUUUCCGAUUUCCCGUGGCCGAAAUCGGUGACUGAAGAUUUUCCUAAGUAUGAUAAAGUUCUUGAUUACAUCAAAUCUUACGCCGACCAUUUCGGAUUGUUGAAACACAUCAGAUUCAACACGAAAGUCCUCAGUAUUGACUGUGAAGGCUGCUCCAACGAGGAACUUGAAGGUUGGACUCUUUGGGGCGGUACCGGCGAGGCUUUCAGUGAACGGCGGAAAUGGAGGAUCAACGUCGUUGAUGCUCGGACUAAUGUUCCAUUAGAGGAGGUGGUGGUGGACUUCGUUAUACUCUGCAUCGGAAGAUUCAGCGACGUUCCAAAUAUCCCUGAGUUUCCUCCCAAUGGAGGUCCUGAAGCUUUCAAAGCCGGUAAGGUUCUUCACUCUCUCCAGUAUUCCGCCAUGGAUUUCGACAGUGCUUCCAAUCUCAUCAAGGACAAGCAAGUCACCGUCAUCGGUUUCCAGAAAUCCGGUCUUGACCUCGCCAUGGAAUGCGCCAAUAUCAAUGGCCCGAAGAAGCCGUGCACGGUGGUCUUCAGAACUGCGCACUGGACCAUUCCCGAUUUCUGUCCAUGGGGGAUCCCUAUAGGUUUUCUCUACAUGAACCGAUUCUCUCAGCUUCUGAUUCACAAACCUGGCGAGAGCUUCCUUCUCUAUCUUCUCGCGAUUCUGCUUUCUCCAAUUAGAUGGUUAUUCUCGAAGAUCGUGGAGACUCACGUGAUGAAGAAGCACAGAUUAAGCAAAUACGGGCUGGUGCCGGAUCAAAGCUUCUUGCAGGACAUGAGCUCAUGUUUAUUUGCAACAUUGCCUGAGAAAUUGUACGAAAAAGUGGAUGAAGGAAGCAUAAUUUUGAAGAAAUCGCCGAGUUUUGUCUUCUGUGAAGAGGGGAUCAUGAUCGAAGGAGAAACCAAACCGAUUCCCUCAGAUUUAGUCAUUUUGGCUACUGGAUUUAGAGGUGAUCAAAAGCUUAAACAAAUCUUCACUUCUUCUACCUUCCGGGAUUACAUGACGUUCCACGAUCCAGCGGUUCCCAUGUACAGGCUAUGCAUCCAUCCCAGAAUUCCACAGCUAGCUGUGGUUGGAUAUUCAGAGAGCGCUUCAAACUUGUUCACUUCGGAGAUGCGAUGUCGAUGGCUAGCGGUGUUUUUGGACGGGACGUUCAAGCUACCGAGCAUCAAGGAGAUGGAGAGAGACAUAGCAGAGUGGGAUAAGUGUAUAAAGCUUUACUCAGGCCCUUACUUCAACCGAGGUUGCAUCGCCAGUUUGCAUGUUUGUUACUGUGAUCAGCUCUGCAAGGACAUGGGAUGGAACCCCAAGAGGAAGAAGGGCUUCCUUGCUGACUUGUUUCUGCCUUAUGGCCCUGUAGACUAUGCCUCCCCUUAAGCCAAAUCAACCCUUCUUCGAUUAGGCCCGAUCGUCACAAUAAGACCGAUAGUAUUUCGCUGUUGGAUGUAUCAAAAGUGUACUUUAUUCAUAUCUUUCUUUAAAAAUGUUAUUAUCACUGAGAUAUGUACGAGACAAGAAUUUAGUCACCGUUCUACUUAAGUUCUUAGCCCAUGUAAUAAUCCGAGGUGUUAGGUUGACCUAGAAAGAGUCCCGUGCUGAUUGAUGUGCAUCAAUGCUCCAAAACACUCUAAUAUUUAAGUCAAUACUUAGAUCGAAGUGAUAUCUA